AUGCCUCAGGUGGAUAACGUCACUGCCCUCAAGGUAUGUGAUGCUGCCACACACAGCUCUGUGGACCGGGUCGAGUCCCUAUUAGCCUCGGGCGUCGAUCUAAAUGUAGGGUCCGAUGAAUUAACCUCUGUCCUUUCUGGAGCGACAGAAGAUUGGGCUAGCGUCGAGAAAAGUACACGUCUUCCAGUAUUUUCUUUGACCACACCGACCCGCUCUUCGUCGAGCUGCAUAAGAUGGCAACGCAAAAGUUUUGAAGAGUUGCAGGCGGUACAGAUCAUGGUAACUUUAUUCCAGCACGGGGUAGAUCCUUACGCGCUGUUUCGUCCGCCUAUUCAAGUCCAUCAUGCCCGACAUUUGUAUCCAGGUGGAACAAGGACUAGCUGUGAAGAGACCGAUCUCAUAAUACUGACUGUGGACCACCUUGAGGUCCUUCGACAGGCAUUUGAAUUGGAAGGAUCGACAGCAGGGAAGAUCCGAACCUGA